AGGCUUCUUGCUUUCAUGGUGUGGUCAUAUCCCUCAAAAAAGUAGUUUAUACUGUUCACAAUAAUGUGUGGUUCAUAUGAACUUUGAUGGUUGCAGUAAAGACAUGACCUUAUCACAUAUCAAUCUUCACAUUCCAUCCUCACCACUCACUAAUUGAACUAAUUUACAACCAUACUUGAAACAUUUCAAAAGCCCAAAAAUUCUGUUCUUGAAGUUAUAUAUAGCUAAGUUGUUAGUUUUGAGUUGGUUUAGUUGCAGCUAUGGCAUCCCAUGCAGCUUUGGCCUCUUCAAGAGUCCCAACAAGCACUAGGCUUCCCUCCAAGGCCUCUAAUGCCUUCCCUGCUCAAUGCUUCUCAAAGAAACUGGAAGUAGCAGAGUUCUCUGGCCUCAGGGUCGGUGGGUCCGUGACGUUUGCCAAGAAUGGGAGGGAAGCUUCUUUCUUUGAUGUAGUGGCUGCCCAGCUCACUCCAAAGGCUGCAGGUUCGACUCCUGUUAAGGGAGAGACUGUUGCCAAGUUGAAGGUAGCCAUAAAUGGUUUUGGGCGCAUUGGUAGGAACUUCCUUCGCUGCUGGCACGGUCGCAAGGACUCACCACUCGAGGUCAUAGUUGUCAAUGACAGUGGCGGUGUGAAAAACGCCUCUCACUUGCUGAAGUACGAUUCCAUGCUCGGCACAUUCAAGGCGGAUGUUAAAAUAGUGGACAAUGAAACCAUCAGCGUUGACGGGAAGCCCAUUAAGGUCGUCUCUAACAGGGACCCUCUCAAACUUCCUUGGGCUGAGCUUGGCAUCGACAUUGUGAUUGAAGGGACUGGUGUUUUUGUUGAUGGUCCAGGAGCUGGCAAACACAUCCAAGCUGGAGCCAAGAAGGUCAUUAUUACUGCUCCGGCAAAAGGUGCUGAUAUUCCAACCUACGUUGUUGGUGUAAACGAACAGGGCUACUCACACGAGGUCUCUGACAUCAUAAGCAACGCUUCUUGCACGACCAACUGUUUGGCUCCGUUCGUUAAGGUCAUGGAUGAAGAAUUUGGCAUCGUCAAGGGCACGAUGACAACUACUCACUCUUACACCGGUGAUCAGAGGCUUUUGGAUGCUUCACACAGGGACUUGAGGAGGGCCAGAGCUGCAGCAUUGAACAUUGUGCCAACGAGCACUGGUGCAGCCAAGGCCGUGUCUCUCGUGCUGCCUCAGCUCAAGGGCAAACUCAACGGCAUUGCUCUCCGUGUGCCAACACCAAACGUAUCAGUCGUUGAUCUUGUUGUGAACGUUGAGAAGAAAGGAAUCACGGCUGAAGACGUUAAUGCUGCUUUCAGAAAGGCAGCUGAGGGACCAUUGGCAGGCGUCCUGGACGUCUGUGAUGUCCCACUCGUCUCAGUCGACUUCCGGUGCACUGACGUCUCUUCCACCAUUGACUCCUCCUUGACAAUGGUAAUGGGAGACGACAUGGUCAAGGUGGUCGCGUGGUACGACAAUGAAUGGGGAUACAGCCAACGGGUGGUUGAUUUGGCUCAUCUGGUCGCGGACAAGUGGCCUGGUGCAACUGCAGAGGGAAGCGGAGAUCCACUGGAGGACUUCUGCAAGACUAACCCUGCCGACGAGGAAUGCAAAGUUUACGAAGCAUAAGUUGUCAAAAGACAUUAUUUUUUUUCUCGGAUUGAUGAUGAAAUCUUAGGAGGUAAAGAAGGAUUUUGAUCAUCUUUACUGAUCUUACAACCUUGUUUUUCAUGUCAUAAUGGAAAGAGGGACGUAGAAACAUCGAUCGAAUAAUAUGGUACAGUUGCUAAAUAUGAAAUCAUUGUUUUACUUCAUAUCA